AAGCAAGCUACUGAAUCUGACACACACGCCUUACGCCAACUUGUUAACCCUCCUGGUAGAGCCUGGUUUGGCCAACUCCGCACAUGUGGCGCCUAGCUACAAACGGUAUAAUGUAUCCAACGACGAAACUUGUGGUUACGGCGCUGCUGCUUUUUAUCGUCGCGGCAGAUGCCGCUGCAAGGAAAGCUCCACCUCCACCUCCACUUUUACCUCCGCAACGUCCGGCGUUCGCUGCUUCAAACGGCCUCCGGUAUUUUUACCCACCGCCUCCGCCCAACCUAUGCUUUAACCACACCGACAUCCACUGCCCCCGUACUGGUCCAGUAGAGGUCCUGGUGUACGGCCCCAAGGCCAAGCAGAGCUACUGGGCGCCGCUCUGUGAGCCGGCUGAUGCGGGCAUCAAGGAGAGCCUCGCGGACCUGAUUUGCAAGCUUGUUACCGGGCUUACGCCAUAUUGCGACACCAGCAAUAGCUCCACUGCCUCGUGCUACUACUUCGCUACCAUUGAGCCCUACACCAUCCCCAAGGGCAACCCCAAAAACGCAACCUAUUUCAACCCCAACAGCUACAAUCGCUGGGUCACCGUCACCGGCGGCAACUUCAGUACCGCAUCUUCCGUCCAGGACCUAAACCUUAAGGUGUCAGCGACUAAGUGUUCGGACGGAAAGAUGCUUGCCAUGUACUGUGCUGUUACAUAUGAAUUCAGAGACCGCCUAUGCAAUGACGGUGUGCGAAGGUACUGCUAAGACCUUGACGUGUGCGUUUACUGCCUGCAAAGCACGGUGUAGACAAGGCGAAAGCACGGUACAGUUAAGCGUGCGCGCGUUAUAUGCGUGCACUGAAAGUGAAGACCCGAAGAAAUAUCGUGUUGAAGAAUUGGUGCUGUGCUUUGAUGCAUUCAUGUGUCGUGCGAUAUGGCCUUCCUGAUGUGAUGUGAUGUGAUGUUACGACGUGGUGGGCCCUAUCAGGCUGUCGCAGACCAUGUGACGAGACGGAGACCUGCCGACUGUGUGUGGGACUGUGUGUGUUGGGCGUGCAUGCUUGCGAGCGUUUGCGGUGGUUAGAAACCCCUAACUGGUAGGAUGCCAAACCGCAGAUACCGUAGUAGUAAUUGGAUGAUGUGAACUACAGAACUGCGGGUGCGUGGACUUACCGUAUACAGCUUAUACGGUACGACGAAAUGCUCUUGCGGCCUCCACCUAAAUGUUUCCGUGUGGCGGCUCUUAACCCCGCGGACCAGCCUUCUCCCCGUCUGCUGCGGCAAUGUACUAGGGCCUUCCGCCGCCUGGUCCUCCGUGGAGUAUUGACCCUCCCCGCUGGUAUGGAGUUCCCCCCCGGCUGGUGUCGGGCUGGCAUGCCUUCCGGCGCCUCCACAUCCUUCUGCUUCAGAUCCCGCACCCCUGGGUGGUUGCUGCGGGGACGGCUGCGGCUGCCGGUUCGGCUGCCGUGCCGGCCGACGAGGCCUGGCGGGUGCUCGCCCGUGCGCUUGCCUGGCGCCCCACGCCCACCUUCCCGAUCGCCGUCCCCCUGCUUCGCCUCAGUGUGCGCCUUGGCACCCAACUCCAGCUCGCCCCUGCCUACUGCGACCUCCAUGCUAAGCAUUCCGGCUUUGUGGCGGAGGCCUGCGGGUCCCCCGACGGCCCCCCUGCACUCCUUGCUGGUUUUCGGUCUACCUUGGCGCGGCUGUGGCGCCUGCGCUGUGAGAACCAACACAAGGAGGCGCUGUGGCGGCUCGCCCUCAAUGGCUGCGCGGGCUUCCCUCUGCAUGCCAGCCAUGCCGCCCGGGAAGCUGCGCAGGGCCGUUCGCACUCCUUGGCCUGCCCGUGUGGAGCACCCCUGGUCGCCCUUGGAGUGGCACAAGAUCGGUUACACUUGUUUUGGGAGUGCUUUGUGGCCCGUACCCUUCGUGAGGCCCUGGGCGAGGCCUUAGGUGCACCCGUGGGCUCACUUGAUAGUGCAUUUCCUAGGCAACAUUUGUGGUUAGUCCAACCUCCAGACGGUGUGCAUGGAUGUGUGUGGGAUGUCGUGGCGCUGGCCGCUCUUGCGGCUCUUGAACAGGCCCGUCGGUGGUUGUAUGCUGACCACAGUGGCCGGGCCCCCCUCCCCAGACGGUCCCUUGUUGUGCUGGGUGCUCGUGUUGUUGCUGAUUUCUGGUCCCGCCUCCAGUCCUUUGCUGUCUUAGGUGUGCCUCCCCGAGGCUGGGACUGUGUUCCCCCUAUUCACCCUUUCCUUGCAAAUGCGGCUGGCCGUGUACGAUUUGUUGGCCCGCCUGAUACUGCGUCCCCGCCGGCCUCCCCCUGACCCUGGUUUGUUUUGCCUUUGACUAUGGUUGCUAUUACCUUCGGAUCACGCCGAUGUCGAUCGACUUGGAGGCAGUUGGGCACUGCUGUGGCACAAAGCAGCAGCUUGGCAGUUGCUCUGUACAAUAGUUUGUUCCUUCUUUCGCGGGCUUGGCUUGUGUGAUGUUUACCCCUCGCGGGCUUGGUGUUUGUGGUGCUGUGGCCUUGUGGGCUUGGUUUUAGGUGGUUCUGUGUCUGGCAUGGCUCCUUGUUUUUUGUAGGGCAUGUCCCUGGGGUAGGUUGCUUUGUUGCGGCUGCCUAGCGUGUACCGCUAGCGAUUGGGUCUCUUGUACGGCUCUCAGGCUCUCAGGCUUUCAGGAGCUCCGGUCCCCCUUGUAACUUUCGCAUUCUAAA